CGCCGUUAAACCCCAUCGAAGAAGAAGAAACCCCCCUGUCACAUGACGUGGAGGUCUACCGUCCGACCGACGAGAAAGUGGCGGAAUUUGAGGAGCUACGGAGCAUGGUAUCCAGUUUCGGAGUGUCUGAGCUACACGUGUUACUGGGCUUCACCGGGCGAAAAACACGAGUGGUCGCAAGCACCCCCUAAAGAACGCCUUCUGCAGUCCAGCCCACAAUCAAGGAACAUAAUCAACGGUUCCCACCCCAGGGCGGUAGACGAUAGUCUCCCUGACUCGGCGUCCAUCAAGUCAACGUUCUUCUAGGCAGAGGAAGGUGUUGGUAUUACCGUGGUGAGUUCUGACCUCGGUGACCUGUCUCCCUGGUCUCUGAUUCGCUGGUGCUCAACGAGGAGACCAAAUAAGGAGUUGAGGAUGAACCUCCAGCAGCCCGCCCCUCUCAUCCCCCCUGUCCACCCAGACAUCCAGAUGAAGUCCCUGCCGUUCUACGACGUGUUGGACAUUCUCGUCAAACCCUCCAGCCUGGGUCAGUGUCUCUCUGGAGCCAGUGCUGUUCAAAGGUACAACCAAGAUAAGUACUUCAUCUUCGCCUUAACGCCUCAACAAGUCAGGGAGGUGUGCAUCUCCAGGGACUUUUUACCAGGUGGCAGAAGAGACUAUAUGGUUCAGAUACAGCUGAGGUUCUGUCUUUCAGAAACCAGUUGUCCCCAAGAAGACAACUACCCUAAUAGUCUCUGCAUUAAAGUCAAUGGGAAGCUGUUCCCUCUUCCGGGUUACGCCCCUCCCCCUAAAAAUGGAGUGGAACAGAAGAGACCGGGAAGACCUCUAAACAUCACCUCAUUGGUCCGAUUGUCCUCUGCAGUACCCAAUCAGAUCUCUAUAACGUGGGCACCUGAAAUCGGAAAGACGUACUCCGUGUUGGUGUAUCUGGUGAGGCAACUCACCUCUCCUCUACUGCUGCAGAGGCUCAGGAUGAAGGGCAUCAGAAACCCAGACCACUCUAGAGCGCUGAUAAAGGAGAAGCUGACAGCAGACCCUGAUAGUGAGAUUGCUACAACCAGUCUAAGAGUGUCUCUCAUGUGCCCCCUGGGUAAGAUGCGCCUGACAGUGCCGUGUCGAGCUCUCACCUGUUCCCACCUGCAGUGUUUCGACGCGGCCCUCUACCUGCAGAUGAAUGAGAAGAAACCCACCUGGGUUUGUCCUGUCUGUGACAAAAAGGCCCCCUACGAGAGCCUGAUCAUCGACGGGUUGUUCAUGGAGAUUCUGAACGACUGUUCCGAUGUGGAUGAGAUCAAGUUCCAGGAGGACGGGACCUGGUGCCCCAUGAGACCAAAGAAAGAGGCCCUCAGUGUGUCCUCAACCUGUAUCCCAAAAAUAGAACCACGUCAGUGUGCGGUGGUCCCUCCCCACAGAGAGCCCAGCUCGACCAAUAAGAAGGCAGACGUGAUCGACCUGACCCUAGAGAGCUCGUCAGAGGACGACGACGACGACGAGGAUGAGGUGGAGCCUGACCCGCCACUCAAGAAGCAAUGCCUGUUCAUGUCCAAGACGGAGGAGAUGCACGCCAAGGGAGUGCUGUCCUAUCAGCCGUCGACGGUGUGCCUGCCAAACGUACACGCCCUGGACACAUCAUCCUACCUGACGAACUCGCUAGCUGACUAUACAGUCCCCUUCCACCACUCCACCAUGUCCACCGUCCCUACGGACAUGCAGAGUCUGGAUCUGUUCUCGCUGAUCCAAGGUGACCCGCAGCAUUACAGAGCCCCUAUGUUCCUGGAUGACCUGACCAGCAACCUGCAGGGUGCCACCACCAGCGCCGGCCUGGUGUCCUCUUCUAGCCAAUACGAGCCCAGCGCCCACCUCUUCUCCGCCUCUUCUUACCAAACCGGGGUUAUUACCGGGGGAGGGGUAGGGUCCAACAGCAUCUCAGACAUCAUCUCAUUGGACUGAUUUUGUCUUGUCACUCAAAGGAACCGUCUAUCAUAAGCCUUCAAUUGAUUGUGUCCCGAAAUGGCAUCUUCGCCCCUAUAUAGUGCACUACUUUUGGGCCGUCCAGCAGAAAGUAGUGCACUAUAUAUGUGCAUCAGAAAUGGCACCAUGUCCAUAGGCCUUCACCACUGAGACAGACUGUGUGUCAGUAAAGAUGCAUUCCCUUCUUUCACCAGACCCCUGCUUUGUAGGUCAGAGUUGAUAAAAGAGUAAGAUAGUCAGGAGGCCCCCUCGCCCGGCAGACUCCACGUUGACUGAGGUGGCCCCCCCCUCGCCCGCAGACUCCACGUUGACUGAGGUGGGCCCCCCUCGCCCGGCAGACUCCACGUUGACCGAGGUGGGCCCCCCUCGCCCGGCAGACUCCACGUUGACCGAGGUGGGCCCCCCUCGCCCGGCAGACUCCACGUUGACCGAGGUGGGCCCCCCUCGCCCGGCAGACUCCACGUUGACCGAGGUGGGCCCCCCUCGCCCGGCAGACUCCACGUUGACCGAGGUGGGCCCCCCCUCGCCCGGCAGACUCCACAUUGACCGAGGUGGGCCCCCCCUCGCCCGGCAGACUCCACGUUGACCGAGGCGGGGCCCCCCCUCGCCCGGCAGACUCCACGUUGACCGAGGCGGGGCCCCCCCUCGCCCGGCAGACUCCACGUUGACCGAGGCGGGGCCCCCCCUCGCCCGGCAGACUCCACGUUGACCGAGGUAAUGUGGAACAGAAGAUUGCCUUUUCUAUUGGAUGAACUGACAUGGAAGCAUUCAGCAGCGGGACUAUGGUUGACGGUGUGGAUGGUUUGAAAACGGUUGUGUGUCAGUACCUAGGAGGAGUUAUCCCAAGGCAGCUCAUUGUUGUAUUACUAAUUAGGGGUUCAAGGAGCAACACUUUGUAUAACUCCAUUGUACGGUACGAGUGUUCAUACCCAUUGAUAUAUUACAUAUUUUGUUACAUCCUAAAUUCAGAAUGGAUUCCAUAGAUUUUUUUUUUCUCCCCCCCCUGCCCAUCUACACACAAAUACCCCAUAAUGUCAGUGACAACAUAUUUUUAAACAUAUGUGCACAUUUAUUGAAAAUGAAAUAAAUAAUUUUCCUAAGUAUUUUUUUUACCCCUGAGUCAAUACAUGUUAGAACCACAUCAGUCUUUCUGGGUGAG